AUGUCCACCCAAGUGCUCAUAGUGGGUGGGGGCAUUGGAGGCCUGACGCUAGCAGCCAUGUGUCGAAGGAUUGGCGUGUCUUGUCGGGUGCUAGAGCGAAGCGCUGCUCUUGAACCGGUGGGUGCCGGCAUUUCACUGGCUCCUAAUGCCCUACGGGCCCUGGACCAGAUCGGUCUGUACGACUACGUGCGCCAGGAAGGCCAGCCGGUCCGCAAGAUCCGUGUCUACCGGAAUCAGACGCAGUGGAGUGAGAUUGACUUCCAGUGGCUGGAACGUACUUUUGGCUAUCCCGUGUACUCGAUCGAACGGCAUGGCUUCCAUCGGCGACUGUAUGACGCUGCGGGGGGUUCCGAGACGGUCAUCUUGGGGGCAGAAGUUGCCAAGGUGAUCCCUCCGCAGGAGGAGGCUGAAGGGGUAUCGGUGGUCCUGAAGGAUGGGAGGCGAUACACGGGGAAUGUGCUAGUGGGUGCUGAUGGGGUGCGGUCAGUUGUGCGCCGGGCUCUCAUGGCCACCAUCAAUUCACCUCCCGGACAAAGUGGAGCAGUUGGAGAAGACGAAGAUGCAGCCGAUGUCAUUCAAUUCACGGGCCGAGUGCAUCUGUCUGGCUACACUCACCCACUCGAUCACCUUGGCCCCGCGGACGAAGGAAUCGCUCAUUGGAUGCUGUAUGAUCGCUCAAUUCUCACAACGUGGCCGUGCAGGGACCAUCGUCAGUGGUUUGUUGGGGCAGUGCCCUCUAAGCUCAAGGACCCGAAUCGCUCCGUCUGGAAACAUGCCGAUCACAACACUAUCAAUCAAGUCUAUGGUUCCGAAUAUCACCCCUUUGCCCCGGAUUUUCACUUCCGUGACGUCGUCAAACACGCGGAACGUGUCGUUGCCAGCGAUGUCUUCCAUCAGACCACCUUUCCCCCGAUGGCGGCCGGUCGCAUUGCUAUGCUGGGCGACGCCUCUCAUGCUAUGACUUCGUUCUUCGGCCAGGGCGCCUGCCAGGCCAUCGAAGACGCGACGGAGCUGGCCAGUGCGUUGGGGAUGAUCGAUGUCAGGCCCACUGACGCGGAGACGAUCCUUCAAGGCUACCGUCACAGCCGGGAGCGCCGGGGCCGCUAUUUAGUCGUAUUUUCGGAUCGAUUUGCCCUGCUCCAUACCGGACGCCUGUUGGGAAGCUGGGGUCCCUUUGUUCGGCAAAUGGUAUACACCUGGAUGCCUCUCUGGGGUUGGAAGUGGGCCUUGCAGUGGCUGUAUGGCCAUCAGCCGACUCUCGUGGAGCAGCGGAAUGAGGCCGUGAAGAAGACUGCCUGA